AUGCAAAGACUACAAGCAAAGACUACAAGCAAAGGCUACAAGCAAAGACUACAAGCAAAGGCUACAAGCAAAGACUACAAGCAAAGGCUACAAGCAAAGGCUACAAGCAAAGGCUACAAGCAAAGGCUACAAGUAAAGGCUACAAGCAAAGGGCUACAAACAAAGGCUACAAGUAAAGCUACAAGCAAAGGCUACAAAGCAAAGGCUACAAGUAGCUACAAGCAAAGGCUACAAGCAAAGGCACAAGCAAAGGCUACAAGCAAGGCUACAAGCAAAGGCUACAAGCAAAGGCUACAAGCAAAGGCUACAACCUCCCACCACCCAAUCUCGCGCCGCUCGUUUCCGCUCCUCCGCCGCCGCGACCCGACCGCCGCCGCCGCCACCGCCGACGACGAUGAUGACGAGGCAGCGCGGGCGACAAAUGUAGAGACAUUAAGCGGACGCGGAGUGGACGCAGAAGUGGACGUAGAAGUGGACGCAGAAGGGGGCGUAGAAGUGGACGUAGAAGUGGACGUAGAAGUGGACGCAGAAGGGGGUGUAGAAGUGGACGUAGAAGUGGACGCAGAAGGGGGCGUAGAAGGGGACGCAGAAGUGGACGCAGAAGUGGACGCAGAAGGGGGCGUAGAAGUGGACGUAGAAGUGGACGCAGAAGGGGACGUAGAAAUGGACGCAGAAGUGGACGUAGAAGGGGACGCAGAAGUGGACGCAGAAGUGGACGCAGAAGGGGGCGUAGAAGUGGACGUAGAAGUGGACGCAGAAGUGGACGUAGAAGUGGACGCAGAAGUGGACGCAGAAGGGGGCGUAGAAGUGGACGUAGAAAUGGACGCAGAAGGGGGCGUAGAAGUGGACGUAGAAGUGGACGCAGAAGGGGGCGUAGAAGUGGACGUAGAAGUGGACGCAGAAGGGGGCGUAGAAGGGGACGCAGAAGUGGACGCAGAAGUGGACGCAGAAGGGGGCGUAGAAGUGGACGUAGAAGUGGACGCAGAAGGGGACGUAGAAAUGGACGCAGAAGUGGACGUAGAAGGGGACGCAGAAGUGGACGCAGAAGUGGACGCAGAAGGGGGCGUAGAAGUGGGCGUAGAAGUGGACGUAGAAGUGGACGCAGAAGGGGACGUAGAAGUGGACGCAGAAGUGGACGCAGAAGGGGGCGUAGAAGUGGACGUAGAAAUGGACGCAGAAGGGGGCGUAGAAGUGGACGUAGAAGUGGACGCAGAAGGGGGCGUAGAAGUGGACGUAGAAGUGGACGCAGAAGGGGGCGUAGAAGGGGACGCAGAAGUGGACGCAGAAGUGGACGCAGAAGGGGGCGUAGAAGUGGACUGGACGUAG